AUGCGCCUCGAUUUCUAUCCAGUGCUCUUCGCAGCAACGAGCUGGGGUGGAGCCCGAAGCCUCGAUGCGCUGCGUUUUCCCCACAGCCGCUCGCGCGCGAGAUGGUUUAGAAGCGGGCGUGCGAUGGUGAUGCCUGACAACGGGGACGGGCUGAGGACUGCGAUGGAGAGAUCUGAGAGAAGCAAACGCUCAUGCCCCACUGGUGCUGACAGUGUCUUGGUGGGCAUGUGGCAUGACCUGCCAGAGACGCCGAGGCAGGAAGAGCAGCUGAGGCGAGCCAAGGUGGCAGCAGAGGCGGCAAGCGACGCCAAGAGCAUCGUUUUGAGGAAUAUGAGGCACGAGAUUUGCACCCCGAUGCAUGCUCCUAACAGUCCAAGAUGGAGAGGCGAGGCGAGGCAAGCCAAUAACCCCGUUCUCCUCGUUCCCCUGACCCGUUCCCUCCCCUUCCCCUCUCCUUUCCAUCUACUUCCUGUCUGUCGCUUUGGCCUCCCCUUCACCUCCCCUUCCUCUCCCCUUACCCUCCCAUUUCUCUGUCUGUUACUCCCCAUUUCCCCUCCCCUUUCCCUCCCCUUCUCCUCCCUCUCUCCUCCCAUUUCUCUCCGCUUCCCCUCCUCUUCGGUUCUCCUUGCUUCCCCUUCUCCCCCAUUUUCCAUCCCCUUCCCCUCCCUUUCCCCUCCCGAUCCCCUUCCCAUACCUUCCCGUUUCCCUCCUAUUCCCAUCCCCGUACCCUCCCCCUCCCCUCCUCGUUCCCUCCCCUUUCCCUCCCCAUCCUCUCUCAUCACAUGCACCUGUAUUUUCUCAGAACAGUCCAAGAUCGACAGCCAGCGCCCUUCUGCCCUGCCACGCGCAUCAAGGACGUUUGGCUCUGCUCUCUCUCUCAAGCGGUCCAUGUAUUUGCAACCAGAAACGUACAGACAUGCACAGGAGGAUAAGGCACCUGGAACAUGCAUCAAAGAAGGACCUUCGGGCCGAGCCAUCCGGGGCUGCUGGGUUGCUGGGCUGCUGGGAUGCUGGGAGGCCAAUUCAACUGGGAUGCUUCGGCAAAUUAUUCCGCAUCGUGUGUCCAACGUGAUCGAGUUCACUCACACGGUGGUGACCCACCAGCUGCUGCGCUGCACCCCGCAUGUACUCCUCCUGCUCCUCCACUACUCCUCAAUCCUCCAAACCGGCCCUCCAGCACGCCAGGGCUUUCAGGGUACAAUCAUGCAGAUUUAUCCCCUUUGUAAUAACCUUAAGCCCCUUUUGAGACGUCUCAAAAGUCGUCUACUUUGUAAUAACCUUAAGCCCCUUUUGUCAGCCGAGGAGAAAACCAGCAGAGGCGCUAAGAAGCAGUGGAGCCCGAGCAUCGUCUUGGCAAAUACGAGCCACAAGAUUCGCAUGGUGAG